AUGGAGGAUUUUUAUGCCAACUUGAUUGACAAAUUGAUCAGCAUUGCAAUCUGCCGAGGAGUUGAACAUCUGAAUCUGGAAACAUACUUGUAUUCUGCUAAUGAUCAAAGACCUAGCCCAGCUCCGUACAAGUUUCCUUUAUCCUUGUUCGCUGAUGGUAAGGGAUUAUCUGUAACGAAACUCAUACUUGCCGAGUGCACCCUCAGUAUUCCUGUCGGCUUUGCUGGGUUCAAAUCUCUGGUUGAGCUAUCGUUUACUGAAAUGCAUAUUUCUGAAGACAUGAUUCAGACACUUAUUGAAAAUUGCCCAAAUCUGGAAUGCUUCCGUCUUAGACUUUGCAGUGGUGCUAGACAUCUCAAGAUUGCAUCGCCUCAUUUGCAGCUCAGAGAAAUCAUGAAUCCAGUAAUUCCAGAAGUUGUUCCCACGCCAUUUAAGAACCUCAAAAGUCUCACGCUGGGUGCGAUAAUGCACUGUAACGAUGACAUUGGUUGGCUUCUUACCAACGAGAAACGAGAACACCCAGGCGGCGUUCUGUGGGAGCCAUCAGACAACGCGCACCGUCAUCUGAGGCAGGUGAAGUUCUACCGCUUCAGGAUGAGACAGGCUGAUGUUGCGCUGGCAGGGUUGCUUCUGCUACGAAAGCAGCAUGGAAGCACAUUCGAAGAUAGGAUAAGCGAACUACCUGAUGACCUCUUGAUCACAAUUUUAGGUCACCUGGACACAAGAUCAUCAGCAGCAACAAGCGUGCUGUCAAGAAGGUGGCAACACUUGUGGAAGAGCGUCCCAAAGCUUCGAUUCUCACAGCAUGACAUAGUGCCACAAACAGAGCUAUCUCGUUUCUUGAGAGCCCACGAAUACGUUUUCUUCAAGCCGUCAUUGUGCUCAUGGAAGCGGCGGGUCCGAGUUAAUUUAGACCGUCGUAUCAGGCUUACUGACAUGUAUAGAACACGCAUAUUCUCUAGCUCAUUAACUGGCUUCCUACACAAAUCAAAUGCUGGCGACAAGAACAACACAAAAAUCUCGAGCCUUUUCUUGUCUUGCACCAUGGAGGAUCGUUAUGUCAACCUGGUUGACAAAUUGGUCAGCAUUGCAGUCUGCCGAGGAGUUGAAGAUCUGAAUCUGACAACGAGUUUUUAUUACGAUGGUCAAAGACGUAGCACCACUCCGUAUGAAUUCCCUUUAUCCUUGUUCACUGACGGCAAGGGAUUAUCUCUAACAGAACUAAAACUUUGCGAGUGCACCCUCAAUAUUCCCAUAGGACUCGAUGGGUUCAAAUCUUUGGUCAAGCUAUCAUUAACUCGAAUGCCUAUCUCUGAAGACAUGAUUCACACACUUUUUGAAAAUUGUCUGAAACUGGAGUGCUUUCACCUCAACCAUUGCUGGGGUGCUAACCAUCUUUUCGCCGGGCCGGGUGCUAACCAUCUCAAGAUUGCAUCACAUGAUUUGCAGCUCAGAGACAUUAUGGUAAACAGUUGCGAACAGAUCACACACAUGGAGCUUGUUGCACCUAAAUUGCAUCAGUUCAGAUACAGAGGUCCAUCCAUAUCAAUGAUGCUUGGCUCAGUGCCCUCCAUUGAGCAUGCCUGUCUACACUACGAAGAUAGCAGGGAUGGUGAAUCUGUCAAGUACAUUUUAGGAAAGUUGUCUCAAGACUUUCCCCUACUUACAAGCUUAAGCAUAGAUUUUGACACUUACGAGUUGAAGAAUCCAGUAAUUCCUGGAGGCCUUCCCACAGCAUUUAAGAACCUGAGAAGUCUCAUGCUGAGAGUGACAAUGCACUCUAACGACGACCUUGCUUGGGCAACUAUGCUGUUGGAGGUGGCACCUGCCCUCGAAAGUUUUCAGAUAGAACUCAUUUCCAACAAGAAACGAGAGCACCCAGGCGGCGUGCUGUGGGAGCCAUCAGACUUCGAGCACCAUCGUCUGAGGCAGGUGAAGUUCUACCGCUUCAGGAUGAGGCAGGGUGACGUUGCGUUGGCAGGGUUGCUUCUGGCGAGAGCCCCGUUGCUGCAGACCAUGUCGUUUUUCCGUGGAUUUGUUCAUAACCCUCCGAAUUGGAUCACUCAGUAUGUGGAAGCCUACCAUGACUGGAGCACCGGGCAGCAAUCUGCCAUCACUCGUCGGCUCGAAGCUUGCAACACUUUUGGUGCAAGAUUGGAAUUUCGGUCUUGAUAUUCUCGUAAUUAUUGGAUAGUUGUGGAUUGUUAGGUCGAGGUGUGCCAAUUAGUAUCAGAUUUAUGCUACCAUGCUGUCCAUCCGUUCAUAAGUUAACCUUUUUUCUUGUAGAAGAGAAGUUUUUUUUUUUUGAACAAUAGAAGAGAAGGACAUUAGUUGAUCAAAGGAAGGUGCUGUGCUAUGCUGGAGUAUAUUGAUAGUAUAAGAUUUUUA